AUGAGACCCAAUGAGACGAUAUAUGGACAUAUUACUCCACAAAUCCGAAUAGCGAUGGAGCGGCAACAACACCAGCUGUUCACCUUGGACGCUCGCGGAACCAUUCCGCGUCGCACUAUCAAUCAGCUGUGUAUAGAAGCAAUCGUUACUAGUGACGCUUCUACCGCCGCUGCCAAGUCGCCACUGUUAUUGCUACCACUGCGGCUGCCGUAG